AUGGCUAGUUUAGAAAAUAACGAAAAUUGCUCAGAUAAAUUUACUUAUGGUAAAGUAACAUCAGAAGAAAAUAAUAGUGAUGUUAUAGAGAAAACUGUGUUUCAAAUGAAUUUAUACGAAGAACCAAAAUAUAUGGGAUACGGCUAUCGACACCAGCAGACAUUCUUGUUGUUUAUAUGUUUGACGAUAGCCUACAGCAUGAGGACAUGCAUGGGAGUAGCUCUGGUGGCAAUGGUGAAGAGCCAUCAUGAUAAACGUAAGGAUACUGUUAAUGGUAACGGAACAAGUAAUCUUGAAGCCAAUAAUCAGAUGGAGAUGGGAAAUGUGGGAAUUUUAAAUGGAAUUUUAUAUAAUGAACCCUACCCAACAUUUCAAUGGGAUAAAAAGACUCAGGACUACAUGUUGGCCGCGUUUACAUGGGGAUACAUGAUUCUUCAGAUACCAGCGGGCCAACUGGCUCAUUGGUACCGGUAUCUCCUCACCGGCGCGUUGAUUAUAAAUGGAGUGGUAUCUUUUUGCACACCAUGGGCAGCUUAUUAUGAAAAUUGGAUAUUUGUUGUGAUUUUGAGGAUGAUUCAAGGCCUAAGUCAGUCUUGUUUUGUACCGGGUAUCCACACGGCUUUCGGAAAAUGGGCGCCUUUGCAAGAAAGAGGCAGAUUGACCGCAUUCGCAUUAGGGGGCCAGCCAUUAGGUAUAGUCUUGGGACUACCUAUAACAGGCUACAUCGCAGCUUCGUCCCUCGGCUGGCCGGGUAUAUUCCGGUUCUAUGGGCUUCUAUCGCUGUCAAUCGGCGCCGUAUUCUGGUUCCUUGUAGCAGAUUCACCGGCCCAACAUAUUCGAAUUUCUGUGCUUGAGAGACGGUAUAUUGAAGAGGUUUUAGGACAAACUGGGACCAAAGGAAAGAAACCCCUCAAAGUUCCCUGGAAGAAUUUGCUUCGGUGCAAGGCACUGUAUGCUAUAGUGAUUGCUCACAUGGGCCAGUCCUGGGGUCAGUUGACGUUGUAUACAGAGGUUCCAGCCUUUAUGGACAAAGUAAUGAAGGUCAAUAUAAAAGCUAACGGCCUCCUGACAGCGUUGCCUUUCUUCGUGAUGUGGGUGACUAACUUCUUUUUCAGUUGGAUUACAGACAUGCUCAUUUGUAAAAAGUGGUUGACCGUCACCAACACUAGAAAAUUGGCUAAUACGAUAGGUACUGUCCUUCCCGCUUUUGGACUUAUCGCGUUGGCAUACGUUAAAAAAGAGAUUGUAGUUGUGGAGACUAUUCUAGUCCUCACAUGCGCUUUGAAGAUCGCCUCCCAUGUAGGGUGCUAUGUAAACCACCUCGACUUAGCUCCAAACUUCGCUGGCACAUUGAUGAGUAUUAGCAACUUUAUGGCUAACGCGUGCUCGUCGUUGGCGCCCGUGAUAGCAGGGUUCAUACUUGUAGAAGAUGUGACGAGUGAAUUUCUCUGGAGGAAGGUGUUUUUCAUAGCGGCUGGGUUUUAUUUAGUAUCAGAUUUAGUUUACGUUAUCAUUGGCUCAGGCGAGCUACAAACGUGGAAUUACCCUCAAGAAGCAACGAGGCACACAGACAAGUGUGAACAAAAGCCAAUGUUACAAAAUUAA